CUCCAGCAGCCCACGCCCGAAGCCGCUCGGCGGAGAAGAGGUGGUGGCUCUCGGCGCCCGCGGCGGCUGCCGGCGGCCCGCCCCGACGCCGCGUCCCCGCAGCCCUCGCCCCGCGCCGCAGUGGUAGGACCGGGUCUCCGGACGAGCCGGUAAUAUGCACGUGUCAUUAGCUGAGGCCUUGGAAGUUCGGGGUGGACCACUGCAGGAGGAAGAAAUAUGGGCUGUAUUAAAUCAAAGUGCAGAAAGUCUCCAAGAAUUAUUCAGAAAAGUUAGCAUCGCUGAUCCUGCUGCCCUUGGCUUCAUCAUUUCUCCAUGGUCUCUGCUGCUGCUGCCAUCUGGUAGUGUGUCAUUCACUGAUGAAAAUAUUUCCAAUCACGAUCUUCGAGCAUUCACUGCACCAGAGGUUCUACAGAACCAAUCACUGACUUCCCUCUCAGAUGUUGAAAAGAUCCAUAUAUAUUCUCUUGGAAUGACACUGUAUUGGGGGGCUGAUCAUGAAGUACCUCAAAGCCAACCCAUCAAACUUGGCGAUCAUCUCAACAGCAUAUUGCUCGGAAUGUGUGAGGAUGUGAUUUACGCACGGGUUUCUGUUCGGACUGUCCUAGAUGCUUGCAGCGCCCACAUCAGGAAUAGCAAUUGUGCGCCUUCCUUUUCCUACGUGAAACAGUUGGUAAAGCUGGUUCUGGGAAGUCUCUCUGGGACAGAUCAACUUUCCUGUAACAGUGAACAAAAAGCUGAUCGAAGCCAAGCUAUUCGAGACCGAUUGAGAGGAAAAGGAUUACCGACAGGAAGAAGCUCUACAUCUGAUGUACUAGACAUACACAAGGCUCCAUUCUCUCAUCAGACCUUUCUUAACAAAGGGCUUAGUAAAUCUAUGGGAUUUCUGUCCAUCAGAGACACGCAAGAUGAAGAAGAGCAUUUCAAGGACAUCUCCUCAGACAUUAAUUCUGGACAUGAAGACUGUGAAAAUACUGACUCCCUUUAUCAGUUCAGAUCCAGUGGUCCAGAAAAAAAAGUUAUCCAUAGCACUGAUGGGCUUCCAAAGAAAAAGAUUUGGGCGUCAUCCAUGGACUUGCUUUGUAUGACUGACAGAGACUUCUCUUCUGGAGAGACUGGGGGAUACCGUCACUGUCACCCGGAGUCAGUAACAGGGCGCACAUCAACUACUCCCAGGAAAAAAGAGGCAAGAUACUCCGAUGGAAGCAUAGCCUUGGAUGUCUUUGGUCCUCAGAAAGUGGAUCCAAUAUAUCCCACUCGGGAAUUGCCCACCUCCUCAGCGAUUUCAAGUGCUUUGGACCGAAUCCGAGAGAGACAAAAGAAACUUCAAGUUCUGAGAGAAGCCAUGAAUGUGGAAGAACCAGUUCGAAGAUACAAAACUUACCACAGUGAUAUCUUUAGUACUUCGAGUGAAAGUCCAUCCAUUAUUUCCUCUGAAUCAGAUUUCCGACAAGUGAGAAGAAGUGAAGCUUCAAAGAGGUUUGAAUCCAGCAGUGGUCUCCCAGGGGUAGAUGAAACCCCAAAUCAAGGCCAGUUACAGAGACCAAGCAGACAGUAUGAAACACCCCUUGAAGGCAACUUAAUUAAUCAAGAGAUCAUGCUAAAACGGCAAGAAGAAGAAAUGAUGCAACUGCAAGCCAGAAUGGCCCUCAGACAGUCUCGGUUGAGCCUGUACCCAGGAGACACAAUCAAAGCUUCCAUGCUUGACAUCACCAGGGAUCCAUUAAGGGAAAUUGCCCUAGAAACAGCCAUGACACAAAGAAAGCUGAGGAACUUCUUUGGCCCUGAGUUUGUGAAAAUGACAAUUGAACCAUUUGUAUCUUUGGAUUUGCCACGGUCUAUCCUUACCAAGAAAGGGAAGAAUGAGGAUAACAGAAGAAAAGUAAACAUAAUGCUUUUGAGUGGGCAGAGACUGGAACUGACCUGUGAUACCAAAACUAUAUGUAAAGAUGUGUUUGAUAUGGUUGUGGCUCAUAUUGGCUUAGUGGAGCACCAUUUGUUUGCUUUAGCUACCCUAAAAGAUAAUGAAUAUUUCUUUGUUGAUCCUGAUUUAAAAUUAACCAAAGUGGCCCCAGAUGGAUGGAAGGAAGAACCAAAGAAAAAGAGUAAAGCUACUGUUAAUUUUACUUUGUUUUUCCGAAUUAAAUUUUUCAUGGAUGAUGUCAGUCUAAUACAACAUACUCUGACUUGUCAUCAGUAUUACCUUCAGCUGCGGAAAGAUAUUCUGGAGGAGAGGAUGCACUGUGAUGAUGAGACUUCCUUAUUGUUGGCAUCUUUGGCUCUCCAGGCUGAGUAUGGAGAUUAUCAACCAGAGGUUCAUGGAGUGUCUUAUUUUAGACUGGAGCAUUAUCUGCCUGCCAGAGUAAUGGAGAAACUUGAUUUAUCCUAUAUAAAAGAAGAGUUGCCUAAACUGCAUCAUACCUAUGUGGGAGCAUCUGAGAAGGAGACGGAGUUAGAAUUUUUGAAGGUCUGCCAAAGACUGACAGAAUAUGGAGUUCAUUUUCAUAGGAUUCACCCUGAGAAAAAAUCACAAACAGGAAUUUUGCUUGGAGUCUGUGCUAAAGGUGUCCUUGUGUUUGAAGUUCACAAUGGAGUUCGCACGUUGGUCCUUCGCUUUCCAUGGAGGGAAACCAAGAAGAUUUCUUUUUCUAAAAAGAAAAUCACAUUGCAAAAUACAUCAGAUGGAAUAAAACAUUCCUUCCAGACAGAAAACAGUAAAGUAUGCCAGUACCUGCUGCACCUCUGCUCUUCCCAGCAUAAGUUCCAGCUACAGAUGAGAGCAAGACAGAGCAACCAAGAUGCCCAAGAGAUUGAGAGAGCUUCGUUUAGGAGCCUGAAUCUCCAAGCAGAGUCCGUUAGAGGAUUUAACAUGGGACGAGCCAUCAGCACUGGCAGUCUGGCCAGCAGCACCCUGAACAAACUUGCCGUUCGACCUUUGUCAGUCCAGGCUGAGAUUCUGAAGAGGCUGUCCUGCUCAGAGCUGUCGCUUUACCAGCCAUUGCAAAACAGUUCAAAAGAGAAGAGUGACAAAGCUUCAUGGGAGGAAAAGCCUAGAGGGAUGAGUAAAUCAUACCAUGAUCUCAGUCAGGCCUCUCUCUAUCCUCAUCGGAAAAAUGUCGUUGUUAACAUGGACUCUCCACCACAAGCCGUUGUGGAAAUGGUGGGAAAAUCUUUUCACCAGAUGGCAAGAUCUGAUACAGAAUCUUUGGCAGAACUCACAAAACCUAAUAAUUCAAAGUCUGUUGCAAGUUUAAAUAGAAGUCCUGAAAGGAGGAAACAUGAAUCAGACUCCUCAUCCAUUGAAGACCCUGGUCAAGCCUAUGUUAUAGGAGUGACUAUGCAUAGUUCUGGAAAUUCUUCAUCCCAAGUACCCUUAAAAGAAAAUGAUAUGCUGCACAAAAGAUGGAGCAUAGUAUCCUCGCCAGAAAGGGAGAUCACGUUGGUGAACCUGAAAAAAGAUGCCAAGUAUGGCUUAGGAUUUCAAAUUAUUGGUGGGGAAAAGAUGGGAAGACUGGAUCUGGGAGUGUUUAUCAGUUCAAUUACCCCUGGAGGACCAGCUGAUUUGGAUGGAUGCUUAAAACCAGGAGACCGUUUGAUAUCUGUGAAUAGUGUGAGUCUAGAGGGAGUUAGCCACCAUGCUGCAAUUGAAAUUUUGCAAAAUGCACCUGAAAAUGUGACGCUUGUUAUCUCUCAGCCAAAAGAAAAGAUAUCCAAAGUGCCUUCUACCCCUGUGCAUCUUGCCAAUGGAGUGAAAAACUACAUGAAGAAACCUUCCUACAUGCAAGAUAGUCCUAUGGAUUCGUCUUCCGAGGAUCACCACUGGCCACGUGGUACCCUGAGGCACAUCGCAGAAAACUCCUUUGGGCUUUCCGGGGGCCUCCGGGAAGGAAGCCUUAGUUCUCAAGAUUCCAGGACUGAGAGUGCUAGCUUGUCCCAGAGCCAGGUCAAUGGUUUCUUUGCUGGCCAUUUAGGUGAACGAGCCUGGCAGGAAUCACAGCAUGGCAGCCCUUCCCCAUCGGUAAUGUCUAAAGCUACUGAGAAAAUGAGGAUGUCCACUGGCAGUAAUCAGAGCAAAGCUAAGCGGCCAGGCAUUGCGGACAUGACAGACUGCUCUGACCAUGGAGACUCAGACAUGGAUGAAGCCACUUAUGCCAGCAGUCAGGAUCAUCAGACACCAAAAAAGGAAUCUUCCUGCUCAAUGAAUACAUCCAACAAAAUGAAUUUUAAAACUUUUUCUUCAUCACCUCCUAAACCUGGAGAAAUCUUUGAGGUUGAACUGACUAAAAAUGAUAACAGCUUGGGGAUAAGUGUCACGGUACUGUUUGACAAGGGAGGUGUGAAUACGAGUGUCAGACAUGGUGGCAUUUAUGUGAAAGCUGUUAUUCCCAAAGGAGCAGCAGAGUCUGAUGGUAGAAUUCACAAAGGUGAUCGUGUCCUAGCUGUCAACGGAGUUAGUCUAGAAGGAGCUACACAUAAACAAGCUGUGGAAACACUGAGAAAUACAGGACAGGUGGUUCAUCUGUUGUUAGAAAAGGGACAGUCUUCACCAUCCAAAGAACGUGUCCCUGUGACCCCACAGUGCACCCUUCCAUAUCAGGAUACCCAAGGUCAAGCCCCAGAAAAAAUGGUGAAAAAAACUACUCAUGUCAAAGACUACAGCUUUGUCACUGAAGAAAAUACAUUUGAGGUAAAGUUAUUUAAAAAUAGCUCAGGCCUAGGAUUCAGUUUUUCUCGAGAAGAUAAUCUUAUACCCGAGCAAAUAAAUGCCAGCAUAGUGAGAGUUAAAAAGCUUUUUCCUGGACAGCCUGCUGCAGAAAGUGGACAGAUUGACGUGGGUGACGUUAUCUUGAAAGUAAAUGGAGCCUCCUUGAAAGGACUAUCCCAGCAGGAAGUCAUAUCUGCUCUCAGGGGAACAGCUCCUGAGGUAUCCUUGCUUCUGUGCAGACCUCCACCUGGUGUGCUUCCAGAAAUUGACACUGCUUUCUUGACCCCACUGCAUUCCCCAGCUCAAGUACUUCCCAACUGCAGUAAAGACACUUCUCAACCAUCCUGUGCGGAGCAAGGCACCAGCUCAGAUGAAAAUGAAAUGUCUGACAGAAGCAAGAAGCAACGCAGGUCUCCAUCCAGGAGAGACAGUUACAGUGACAGCAGUGGAAGUGGAGAAGAUGACCUAGUGAAAGCUCCAGCAAAGAUAUCAGAUACGACCUGGAGGUCAACUUUGCAUCAGACUCUAAGCAACAUGGUAUCACAGGCACCAAGUCAACAUGAAAAACCCAACAGUCAAGAAGAUAUCAUUUGUACAAUGUUUUACUAUCCUCAGAAAAUGCCCAGUAAAACUGAAUUUGAAGACAGUAAUCCUCCUUCCCCUGUACCAAUGGCUGUGACUCCUGGGCACAGUUGUCAACCCCAGUCAGAAUCCAUUGACAACAAUCCAGUGGAAAAAUAUGUACAUCAGACUUCUGAAGUGACCAGAUCGGAAAACUUGACAACAGCUUCGAAAAAUGAACUAGAAGACCACCUGGAAGACUUUGAGCUGGAAGUAGAACUCCUAAUCACCCUAAUUAAAUCAGAAAAAGGAAGCCUGGGUUUUACGGUAACCAAAGGCAAUCAGAGUAUUGGUUGUUAUGUGCAUGAUGUACUACAGGAUCCAGCCAAAAGUGAUGGAAGGCUAAAACCUGGAGAUAGGCUCCUAAAGGUUAAUGAUACAGAUGUUACAAACAUGACUCACACAGAUGCCGUGAAUCUGCUCCGAGCUGCACCCAAGACAGUCAGAUUAGUGCUUGGACGGAUUCUAGAAUUACCCAGGAUGCCAGUGUUGCCUCAUUUGCUACCUGAUAUUACAUUAACAUGCAACAAAGAGGAUUUGGGUUUUUCUUUAUCUGGAAGUCAUGACAGCUUUCAUCAAGUGAUAUAUAUUAGUGAUAUUAACCCAAGUUCAGUUGCAGCUAUUGAGGGUAAUCUCCAGCUAUUAGAUAUUAUCCAUUAUGUGAAUGGAGUCAGCACACAAGGAAUGACCUUGGAAGAAGCUAACAGAGCAUUGGACAUGUCACUUCCUUCAGUGGUGCUGAAAGCAACAAGAGAUGGCCAUCCAGUGAUCCCCAGUUCAAAGAUGUCUACUGUUUCAACCCCAAAGUCAUCCAAAGCUAAUGGACAUCACACUGUGGAGCCUUGUGACCAUCCUGGCCUCACUCCUGAAAACUCACUCUCCAAGGUUAAUGGGGAAGAAAUAAUUGAAGGUUUGUACACUGAAGGAAAAUGUUCUACUUGUGAGCCAAAGGAAUCAACAAACCUGACUCUGUCCACAGAGUCUGAUGCACAAGAAGAUGACGUUUAUGAUGAUCCUCAAGAAGCUGAAGUUAUCCAGUCUCUGCUGGACGUUGUGGACGAGGAAGCUCAGAAUCUUUUGAACCAAAAUAAUGCAGCAAGAGAUGCCUGUAUUCCAGAUAUGUUGAAGACAAAUGGGAAGACACUUGAGGAGACAGCAGAAGGCACAGCCUGUGAUGGCUCACCUUUGCUGGAGGAUGUUACUGAACCUAGCAAAAUUAAUGGCUAUGAAGAAUAUUGUGAAGAAAAAGUAAGAAGUGAAAGCUUAAUUCAGGAGUCACAAGAAACAAAGACCGAUGAUGAUGACAUCACAUGGGAAAGUGUUGAAUUGCCAGCAGAGACAACAAGCUGUGAUGAUUCUGAUAAAGGUCAUCCCUUUCUGACAGCUGAGGAACUCACUGCACUUCCUGUGGUCAGAGUGCAUCCUUCAGGUAAAUACACUGGCACCAAGUUAAAAUCAGUCAUUCGCAUGUUGCGGGGUUUGCUGGACCAAGGAAUUCCUUCGAAGGAGCUGGAGAACCUUCAAGAAUUAAAACCUUUGGAUCAGUGUCUAAUUGGACAGACCAAGGAAAACAGAAGGAAGAACAGAUAUAAAAAUAUACUUCCGUAUGAUGCCACAAGAGUUCCCCUUGGAGAUGAAGGUGGAUACAUCAACGCCAGCUUCAUUAGGAUACCCGUGGGGAAAGAAGAGUUUGUUUACAUUGCCUGCCAGGGCCCUCUCCCCACGACUGUUGGAGAUUUCUGGCAGAUGAUUUGGGAACAAAACUCCUCAGUGAUAGCCAUGAUGACCCAAGAAGUAGAAGGAGAAAAAAUCAAAUGCCAGCGCUAUUGGCCUAAUAUCCUAGGCAAAACAACAAUGGUCAAUGACGACAGACUGCGGCUGGCCCUUGUGAGAGUGCAGCAGCUGAAGGGCUUUGUCCUGCGGGCAAUGACCCUAGAGGACAUUCAGACAGGAGAGAGGCGACAUAUUUCUCAUCUGAAUUUCACUGCCUGGCCGGACCACGACACACCGUCUCGGCCCGACGACCUGCUCACUUUCAUUUCGUACAUGAGACACAUCCAUAGAUCAGGCCCAAUCAUCACGCACUGCAGCGCUGGCAUCGGACGCUCAGGAACCCUGAUCUGCAUAGAUGUGAUUCUAGGAUUAAUCAGCCAGGAUCUUGACUUUGACAUCUCUGAUGUAGUGCGCUGCAUGAGACUACAAAGACAUGGGAUGGUUCAGACUGAGGAUCAGUAUAUUUUCUGCUAUCAAGUCAUCCUUUAUGUUCUGACCCGUCUCCAAGCUGAAGAAGAACAAAAAGAGCAGCCCCAGCCUCAGCCUCCGAAGUGACCCGAACAGAGCAGCCUUUGGGACGUGUGCGCCUCUCUCCCCUUCACCGCCGCAGACUCCUGCUCUCUGCUGACGAAGGAUCUCGGAGCAGCAAGUCCAGACAGCACCGCCGAUUCUCCUCUGCCUUAGAGGGGUCUCCUCGUAAUCACACGUAACGGUGACAUGCUGUGUCUGUGCUGCCACUUUAACCUACGAUAAUUAAAGGGUUUCUAACACUAACUGAACAGUGCGGAUUGUCGGGAUGUUGGAAGGUAGCAUUUGAUUAUAGUGGACGCUGUUACAAGGACACGCUGAGUCUAUUUUUAAUGUAUCAAUGUUGUUUAUAGCAAAAAAAAAAUUUUUCCAGUAUUUUGAUAGUUAUUUUAUAGGGGAUACUUGAAACCAGUAUUUAAGCUUUAAGUGACAGUAAUAUUGGCAUAGAAAAAAGUAGCAAGUGUUUACUAUAUCAGUUUCUUAAAGUUUACUAUAUAGAAUUUCUUGUAAUAUAUUUAUAUACUUUUUCAUGAAAAUGGAAUUAUGAGAUAUGUUUGUAAGUGCAUCAUCUAUUUGUAAUGCAUCAUCUCACUUUGUAAAUAAAAAUACACCUUAAACAUGAAUGAGCCAAAACUA